GCAUAUAUACUAUGUGAUGUCUCGACUAUCGAUCACGAUCAGCCAAGCCAGGAUCACUACACUACAUGCAAAUAAGAAGAAAAUGUAUAGGAAAACUUGUAUUAGGUAGUUAUGUGUAAUAAUAUGUAUGUAAAUUCAACUGAGUACAUAUAUCUGAUCUGAUGUGUGUUUGUUUGCGUUCGAUAGGGUCAUAUAGUUCAUUCUGCAUUUAUCUGCUGCAUCUUACCCGUGAUUUUACUGUGUAUUGGAAUCAGUUUUGAUUUGACGAACUUUUUUGGUGUUUAUGAUGAAUUUCCCAGGGGUCUCAUUAGAUUGGAAUAAUUGUCCUCCUGAAAUUUAUAGCCUCAUUUUUAGAAAGUUGGAUCCCGAGGACUUAAGUUCUUGCUUAUUUGUAAACCGCAACUGGAGAAAAAUACUUGAAAAUGAUACACACAUUACCACUUUUGAAUACCUACCUAUGUAAUGGAUAUGAGAAUAUGGAAUGGUUAUGAGUCUCAUUGUUAAUUUUUGCUAUAAUUAUUUUAGUUACCUAACAAAUUAAAUGAAAAAGGAUUGGAGAAAAGUUGCACAAAAAACUUUGCCUGAUGAAGGUCUUGAUAUGAAAAGAAACUCAAAGCUUGAUUGGGUUGGCAUUGUUUUAAAAAGUUGGCUGUGGACCUAUCACUUAGAUCGGCUUAAAGUUGAACUGCUUCAUGAAUAUAAGUGCCAGCAGGAUUACUGGCCUUCAAUGGCAAUUUAUAGAGAUAAGCUAUAUGUUAACACGAAGAAAUAUUCCGAAUGUAUUGAUAUAGAAUCUUGUGGCCAUACUCAGAGGGAGGAAAAUUCUACGGAAAUGUAUUUAUUUGAUGAAUCAGACCAUAUUCGUCUCUUAUACGACAGAACUUCCAAAUUAAAACUCAUUGGAAAGAAAUCUUUUGAUGACAAUGCAAGCUGUAACCCUGACUCUACCAUUGAUUUGGUAGUUAAUGUGUUUUUAUUAGACGAAGACCGUUGCUACAUAUUCGAAGAAAAUAAAUACCUUAAGGUGUACAUAUGGGCGGAGCAGACAUGGCAAUCGAAGUGGAUCGCGAGGUUCUUCGGAACUACAGAACUCAACACAAUGGCCGUCCACCGUGGUGACGUGUACUUGCUGAGCCGUCACGGCGACAUGAUGUGGAAGGCUGUGGAACAACGCCGACAGUUCAGGAAGAUUCGCUCGUUUAAUACUCCGCCCUAUUUCAAUCAGGCUAAUUCGAAGGCCCUAUUGAAGACUAUUCUGAACUAUAACCAUUGCUACCACAUGCAGAACGACGUGAGCAGUAUUUUCGUCAAAGGAGUUACUUGCGCGACUUACCAUGCCGGAGUACUGUUUUUGGCAUAUUCGAAUGGACAGAUCGAAGCGUGGAUUUUGAAAAAGCUUUCUUUACAGCCAUAUUAUUAUUAUCCGCUGUUACCUCCUCCUGUCUUUGACAGUUCUUCGUCGUUCUCUCGAUAUGGAGAGCCACAUUUAAGAGACACUAAUAGACUUCGCAUCUGUGAUCGGCGUCAAGACAUCGCAUGCUUGUACGAUUGCAUUUACAAUAUGGCCGUCUAUGAGGGUCAAUCGUGUAGUUAUUUAUUGGUCAAUUGUGGUCACAGCAUAUACCAAUAUCGACUUACUUUCCCUGGGCUGGAUUAGACUUAAAAAAAAAAAAUUAAAAUAAUACUUUGAAAUAUAUUUAUCGGGAAUAUUAUCUUUGUAGUGCGCAUGAGGAUUAUAGCAUUAAAUGGAUCUUUACGAUUUAUAAAUUGUUUUUUUUUUUAAUAUAAUUAAGUAUCUAUAUCGAAUUUAGAGUAAGUUUAAAGAAUAUUGUUUGUAUAAUUUGUUAUCGAAAAUUGUGAAACCAUCUUAUGUUUAAAUAUAAUUAUAUAUUUACAAAAGCUAUAAAAAUGGCCGACUGUGAUGACUGUUACGUGCCAUAAAUUUUAGUAAAUCAAUUGGGCACACAUUUGUUAUACCUAUUAAAAAUAAUAUAAACAUUUAUUCUAAGAUUUUCAUUAUUUUAUUGGCUCGGGUCAUAAUGUGAUUAUGAAUGUGAUAAUGUAGAA